AUGCCGAACGAAAAAGACAUCGCAGCUUCGGUGGUGCCAGAGUACGCUCAACCAUGGGACAAACAGGUUGAGCGACGGGUGGUACGCAAGAUUGACUUUGCCUUGAUCCCUUUGAUGUGGAUGGGAUAUGGACUUGUUUACUAUGACAAGGCCAUUCUUGGUGGAGCAUCUGUGUUUGGCAUGACAACAGACUUGGAGCUUAAAGUCGUGACCGACCCGACCUCGACGCCUCCAAAAGUCUCCACGACCCGCCUCAGCUGGGCAACCUCCCUGUUCUAUUUCGGCAUGCUAGCUGGCGUGGGUCCGCUCACAUAUCUCUUCCAGCGCUUUCAUCUCGGGCGUACCAUUGGCCUGGCUGUCAUCGUUUGGGGCGCGAUCGCUAUGUCAACUGCUGGUGUGACGACCUACAGAGGUCUCUGGGCCCAACGAUUCUUCUUGGGAUUUGCCGAAAGUAUCAUGCCGACGGCUUUCAUGGUCAUCAUCUCGGGCUAUUAUACGCAAGCGGAGCAGACAUGGCGUCAAUGUCUGUGGUAUUCUGCAACUGGUGGCUGGACAAUAAUAGGGGCAUUGAUCAAUUUUGGAUUUGCGCAUGUUAGUAAGGGAGACCUGAAGAAUUGGCAGUACCUUUAUCUGAUGGCAGGAGCCCUGACCGUUGUGUAUGGAAUUGUGUUUCUGUCCUUUCCAAAUUCACCUGCCCAAGCAUGGUGGUUUACUGAGGAAGAAAAGAGGGUGGCUAUUGAGCGGCUGCGCAUGGGUCAACUUGGCGUCCGAUGCCAGAAGAUCAAAUGGUCUCAGUUCAAAGAGGCGUGUCUGGAUGUCAAGGUCUGGCUCGUUGCGAUUAUGAUGGGGAGUGCAUACUCGGUGAAUGGCGCGGUAAGUGGAUUCGGACCGCUCAUCGUGUCGACAUUCGGCUGGUCCGCGUACGACUCUUUGCUGUGGCAAAUGCCUCUUGGAGGAGUCUGCUUCGUCGGGAUCUUGCUCUGCGGAUACCUAAGUCUGAAGUUGCCUAACAUCCGACUGAUCAUGCUGGUCGCUUGUUGCUUGCCAGUCAUUGCGGGCUGCGCCAUGAUCUGGAAGAGUGACUGCAUGGGCAUGGCAAACGUGGCAGGCAACACCAAGAAAAGUUUCCAGGCGGCUGCAAUCUUCGUCUUCUAUACCGUCGGCAAUCUCUCUGGUCCAUUUUGGGUCAAAACGGAGACAGUCAGGGAGCACUACCCCGAGCUGUGGGAGGGGAUUAUUGGCUGCUACGCGCUUGUCAUCGUAUUGGCAGUUGUGCUUUACGUGAUGCUGAGAGCAGAGAACCGAAGGAGGGAGAGGCUGCCUCGCGACGAGAAGGAAGCGGAGCGUGUUGCCUUUGAUGACCUGACGGACAAGGAGAAUUUGUAUGCUCUACGCCGAAGCGCAUCGCGCCUCCUCAAUUCACGACCUACCUUUCUCAUCGCUCCAUCUCGAACAUAUACCUCAUUCAGCGCUCCCUCUGCGCGGAUAGCACCAAAGACUUCUGCAUUUCCGCUUCAGCGGAGAUGGGCAACCACAGGAGCAGGGGAGGGACCCCCAGUAUCUGCGGUUGAGCCGACAAAAGCUGAGGAACGGGGGAAUACCGCCCAAGCAGUUGCCUCCACCGAGCCGCCCCAGGCUGCAGAGCCCGCCAACACCACGGAAGCAACAGAGGAGGCCCUUCCAGCCGCUGAAACUGGCGAGAAGCUGGCGCCAUCUUUCGGGUCAGCAUCGGCACACCGAGAUGCAUCGCACCCCGGCCUGUUCGAUAAGAAACCCACUCUCUAUAUUGGCAAUUUGUUUUUCGACGUGACUGAAACGGACCUGAUCAAGGAGUUUGCGCGAUUCGGAACGGUCUCUAAGUGCAGGAUUGUGCGAGACAGCCGUGGCCUGAGUAAAGGUUUCGGAUACGUUGACUUUUCGACCCAAGAAGCUGCAGACGAAGCCAUGGAACGACUAAAUAUGUCCCUCUUCGAGGGUCGUCGUAUCACAGUCCAAUACGCUGCGCGCACUUCCGGUACUCUUGACACCCAGAAUAAUGAGCACAAGGCUCUGAACCCUCCUUCCAAGACCCUCUUCAUUGGAAACAUGUCCUUUGAGAUGACGGAUCGGGACCUCACGAAUCUCUUCCGCGGGGUCAGAAAUGUUAUUGACGUCCGAGUCGCCAUUGACCGCCGAACUGGCCAGCCAAGAGGGUUCGCCCACGCAGAUUUCAUUGACAUCAAGAGUGCAAUGGAAGCUAUGAAGCUGUUGAAGGAGAAAGAGAUCUAUGGCCGGAAAUUGAGGGUGGACUUCUCGUAUUCCUCUGCGAGCAGAGCGCCCAAGAACGACCCUCCUGUUGAAAACUAG